UGAUAGACGCUAGUAACGCUACGUGUCGCUACGAUACGGUUAAAGUUGAAAACAGCCCUUACAUGUACAGCUACAUUGCGGUAUAUGCAUGUGAACUUUGCGUAAAUAAAGUGAAUCCUAUACUCUUCAAAACAACAAGAGCCAUUUUACGGACCAAAAAGUAAGAACAUUAAAGAACAGCACUAAAUAGAAUGAUGGAAUCAAACAACAGUUCAACAGAAUAUACGACAUUUGAGAGAGAUCUCUCGCUAACGAUUGGUAUUCUACUGCUGGUAAUAUCUCUUGCAACAAUAAUUGCCAACGCACUACUUCUAACUGCCAUCUGUUACGAUCCUUACAAAUGUCUUCGUAACGUACCAAUAGUAUUUGUAGCAAACCUCGCAGUCGCUGAUUUGCUGACAGGACUUGCUGUUGAUCCAUUGCUUGCUGUUUACAAUUUUGGUAUUUAUCGAAACAAAUAUUACUUGAGAAUACUCCUUGUUUCUUACUUCAACGCUUAUUUAACGGUCACCAACGCUGUAGUCACAACCGUAAUACUCAUCAUCGACCGAAGUGUGGCUAUUAAAAAACCUUUCCUGUAUCGUCGAGUUAUGACACUAAAAUCAGCUGCAAUAAUUGUGGCCAUUUCAUGGAUUUACUCUGGAUUUUUCUGCACAAUUCCUCUGAUGGGAAUGUCCGAGAAAGCUUAUGACUUACUGGAUAUACAUUUGCAUGUAACUUUCUCAUUUUUCUCAUUGACUCUCCUAUUUGCUUUCAUAUACUCCAACUUAAAGACAGAGGAAAGGCAGAAACUGAAAGAAGUCACAUCUAUGGUAAAUAUAGACAAUGCAACUAAACAAAACAUUAAAAGAAUGAAAUCUGACAGGCGGCUUUUGGUGACAAUAUUCUUCAUCUUAUCGUUCUUUUUCCUAACAUAUUCGCCUUAUGCUGUUUUCAUUCAUUUGGAAUAUUUCUGCACAUCAUGCAAUAAAUCCAAGUUCUAUUAUUUCCUGAGCAAAACAUCUGAGCCUGUAGUGUAUCUGAACAGCGUUCUCAACCCAUUCAUCUACGCGUGGCGACACCAGAACUUUCGUAGGGCUCUCAGAUGGGUUGUGAAUCUUCUUGGCCGAAGGAGGACGAACGUUCGAAAAUAUGGAACAAAUCGUGGAACCAAGACUGCUAAGGAUCGAGUGGUGGCUGGCUCACGGACGAACCUAAGUACACGUGAAGUAUCGGUGUCCACUUCUUCAUUCGGUCUGUGACGAACACAUGCAAGUGAUCUCUUGCAAUCCUGUGUUACAGACUGCAAUAUGAAACUGGGUGCUAUCGGGUAUGAAUUGGAAUUCAUUGAUCCAUGCAAGAAUUCGGAUGAAAACAGAGAAUGAGUAGUAUAUCUGCUAUGGAGCAAAAAUGAAGCCACGGAUAACGCGAACGGUGCUAAGAUAUGAACCACAUCAAAAAAUCUAGCGAGGUGUUCAGAGCAUCUUGAAGACUUAGUUUUCAUGUUUUGAAUGAAACGAAGAGUAUAUAUAGCGUAUUUGCAAGCUUUCAUUGCAGAUUCACCGGUGAGAUACUCUUGCAUGCCAUUUACACCAAUAUACACUGCAGUGUCGAAAAUUGACUUCAUUGAAACUCGUUGGGAGAUAUUUGAAGCUAUAUUUCUUAGAUUUGAAAUCCAUCUUUGUUUUUGUGAUUGGAUGCAGCAUUAGUAAAGCUUUGGAGAAGUAACAGGCCCGCAUGAUUUACUCACAUGAUAAUUGUGAAAAAGUCGUUCAGACAAGAUUGUCAGUAUAAUAUUAAAUAUUUC